UUUUAAUCCGGUGAGCAGCAGCUUCAUUAUACCAUUUGCAAUUAUGAUUUUGAUUAAGGUGAAUAGGUUUACUAAUACUUAUUUUUAUAUCUCAAAUUUUGCUGCGCCGUUCUUUCUCUUUCUUAGCUCUUUGAUGUACAAAUGAAAAUAUGCCUGCAGAUUCUGUUGUAGAUCUACCAUGCUUGUAUGAUAAAAAAAUUAAGAAAUCCAAACGUAAAAAUGCUGGAAGUACUCGGUCGGAAUCGAAACAAACUACACCUUUUGCGAAAAGAAGUAAAACUAAGAAGAGACACAUUUGUGAUAUAUGUAACAAAGAAUUCACAAAUAAAUGCGGUUUGACAAAUCAUUUGCUCAUACACGCUGGCGUAAAGCCGUUUGCUUGUGAAAUAUGCUACAAAACUUUUACGAAAAAAUGUACUUUAACUGUUCAUCUUGUAACUCACUCUACUGAGCGUCCAUUUGUAUGCGAAAUAUGUGAUAAGUCUUUUGCUCGCAAAAAUGACUUAAAAAAGCACCAAUUUGUUCAUACCGAUAAAAAGAAUUAUGUCUGUGAUAUUUGUAAAGCAGAUUUUAAACAUCAGAAUAAUCUGCGUAGACAUAAGAUGAGACAUUUAGCGAAAGAACAAAAAAAUAUAAAUAAGGUUGUAAAAAAGCAAGAUGCCUUAAUAUCAUUGUUAAUUGAAAGUUAUAAGAAAAAGCAAAAUCUUGUCAGUAAUGGCCAAAUUUCAGAAUCAUCAACUAUAAGUGAUGCCCAAGAAAAGUUUACCCUUCCUAUUGAUGAAAAUGAGCAUAUUAUCACUAGUGAGUCAGAAAUUAUAACAGAAUUAAUAGAUGUAAAUGAAAUGUUAGGACCAAGCAAUGCUGUUGAUGUUAACAAUACAAAAAAUACUUCUCAUUUAAAGGAUUCUUUGAAUUCUGUUUUUAAUUUUAGCAUAUCAAGUGGAAAUUUUAUUGAAUCUCAUGUUAGCAAUAAAGAUUUGCAAGACAACAGUGUAAACCAUAAAAUUAAUGAAGCGCUUUAUGAAAAUGUAACUGACAAAGUUUUUUUUUCCAAAGUUAGUCCUGAAUUAGACUGCACAGUCAGAUCUCCUUUACAUAUCGAUGAUAAUGAACAUGAUCUCAAUUCUAAUUCAUUAAAUGAGCAAGGAAUGUGUAAAGAAAAUUAUUCUUUAUAUAAAAGUAACAUUGAUAAUAUUUCUACAAACUGCCAGGCAUCGGUAAAUAACAUAAUUAAAAACAAUUCCGAUUUAAUGAACCCCUUUAAAGAAAAUAAAAUUCUAAAAAUAGAAUCUCAAUUUUUUGAUGAAGAAACUCAAAAUGUAAAAGCACUGUCAUCUUUUCAAGAUAAUGAAAAUGAAAUUCCUAUACCCCAUAUGGAGAGAUGUUAUUCCUGUGAUAUUUGUGGUGAAUUAUUUGAUAAAGAGGAUUGCUUAUUAUUGCAUAUUUCUAAUCAUAAUGUUGACCUAUGUAAAUGUUAUGUUUGUGAUGCAAAUUUUGAUACUAGUGAACAUUUACAAGAACAUCUUUUAUCACAUAGUGAUAUUCCUUUAGAAGACAUGGAUAAAAUGAUCGAUGAAGAUAUUGAAUCUAAUUUUAAUAAACUUGAAGAAAUGUCUUUAGAAGAUAUUGAAAAAAUUGGUUUAGAUGAUGAUUUUGAUGAAAAUUUGGCAAAAAUGUAUGCCUUAGCUCAUUUUGAUAUUUCAAUAGAUGAAAAUGAUUCUGUGAAUAUUAUAAAUUAUGAUGAUACUUCUAAAGAAUGUACAUUGCUUCAAGAAAAUUCUUCUCUUAAUAGUGAUGUGAAUUGUACUCUUGAAAAUUUAGCUGUUGAAGAUGUAAAUUUUGAUAUUUCUGUGAAAAAUCUGAAUAAAUUCCCCUCACUAAUUUUUAAUAAAAAUGUCAAUUUACAAGCUCAGCCUGAAAGUAAUAAAGAAGGUGAUUUCAAUGGUAAUUUUCAUAACAUUUCAAAAUGUGAUAUUCCAAAGAAAAUGCAUAUACCAAGUAAAGAUGUUGAUGAUAUUUCCUUAAAUCAUUGCAUUCAAGAUAUAAUUGCUAAAUUGCAUUCUGAUCCAAGUUUUGACUUCUCAAAAGAAAGUGUUUCUGAAGCUUGCAAAAAUAUUGUUGAUGUUGAUUUACCUAAUAUGAAUAUCUUAUCAGAUAUGGAUAUUUUUUCUAAAUCUAGUGAUUUUUCUGCUAUUGAUAAUUUAGAAGGAAAUGUUAAUCAUGUUAUCUUUAGUGAUGAUAUAAUUGACAAAAUUCGUUCCUUAUUUCAGAAAAAUCAUCCUGCUGAUAACGAAUUGUUCAAAGCUGAAAAAGAUGUAGCAGAUUCAUCAGAUAUUAGUGAGACCAAGAAUGUUACUAAACAUUCAAAACAAUUGUCUAUUUGUCACAUUUGUGAUAAAACUUUCUCCAGAAAACUUUACUUGCAAACCCAUUAUUUAACUCAUUUAGGUAUAAAGCCUUAUCGCUGCCAUAUCUGCAAUAGAAGUUUUGCAAAAAAAUGUGCUCUCACUAUCCAUUCAUUAAUUCAUAAUAAAAUCAAGAAAUACAGCUGCAACAAUUGUGAAAAAAGUUUUUUACGAAAAACUGAUCUCCAAAAACACAUGCUGAUUCACACAGGGCAAAAGCCCUAUGUUUGUAAGGUGUGUCAGAAAGAAUUCAAUCACCAGAAUAAUUUACGAAGACAUGAACUCAUUCAUGGCAAUAAGAAAUUGCAUGUUUGUCGCAUAUGUGAUAAAGGAUUUUCUGAUCAGAUAUCAUUACUAUCUCACACAAAAAUACAUCUCAGAUCAGCUGAAGUGGAUGUCUCUAAUGAUAACAUUUAUGAUUUCAAUAAUUAUCUAAAGUCUGUAAAAGAUAAACUUCAUGGAUGUGAAAUAUGUGGAGCAAUGUUCGCUCGCAAUGACAGACUAGUCAAACACAAACUUACUCAUUGUGAUAAAGAUCUAUAUCUCUGUGAAGUUUGCGGAUCAACUUAUAAAAAUAAGUCUGAUCUCCAGACACACUUGCUGAAUCACAUUGACACUACAUUUGAAGAAAUUAGAGAUAAUACAGAAAAAAUAGAAGAUUUAGAUUUAACAAAACUUGAACCAUCUGUCCAAAAUAUGAAGAAAACUUAUGCAUGUGAUCAAUGUUUUAAAGUCUACAAUCGAAGCAGUGCUUUGAAGUAUCAUUAUUUGACCCAUACAGGAGAAAAACCUCAUAAAUGUCCCAUAUGCCAGAAAAAUUUUGGGCAGCGAACCACUUUGAAACGCCACAUUUUAGCACAUUCCGGGGUGAAAUCCUUUUCCUGUAAACUGUGCAGUAAAAGCUUUAUCUGGGAAUCAUCUUUGCGUAAACAUUAUGCUACCCAUUCCUCAAGAUAAUUUUUAUUUUAUGAAUUAUUAAAAUAGUAUUCUAAUUAAUUGAAAAGUAAAAAUUGUUGAUUUAAGAAAUCAGUUU